AUGAAGCUUCCACUCUGCGUCCUCACCUUUGCGCACCUGCUGUGCGCACAGUGCGCGCAUGAGCAAGAGGAGGAGGAGGAGGAGGAGGAAGGUCGCAGGACGUGUCGGCUCUACUGCCGCGUGGGCAUCGGCUUCCACCUUCAGAUCCACCGCGACGGCGCGGUCAACGGCAGCCAUCAGCCCGACCACCGCAGUGUCCUGGAGCUGUUUGCCGUGUCCCAGGGGGUGGUGGGCAUCCGGGGGGUCUACAGUCACAGAUUCCUGGCCAUGAACAAGAGAGGACGACUACACGCCACCGAGUCGUUUACGGACGACUGCAAGUUCCGCGAGCGCUUCCAGGAGAGCGGCUACAACACGUACGCCUCGGUGGUCCACGGGAGGACCAGGACCGGCCGGGCCUGGUUGGUGGCGCUCAACAAACGAGGGAAAGCCAAAAUGGGCUCCAGUCCCAGGGUCAAGCCCCGGCACGUCUCCACCCACUUCCUGCCCAGGGUCGGCCUGCACGACCAGCGUGGCUUCACCGUCGCCCACGGCAACAGAGCUCCGCCGCGGAAGGCCAAAGUCCGGCAGGCGCCCAGACAAGUCAAGUACUGGCCCAAGUACCGUUUUGGAUAAAGG